AUGCCGCCUCUUUGCAAAUUCUGGCAACAAGGCUAUUGUCGGAACGGAGCAUCCUGCCGUUUCGAUCACCCAGGUGAAAACGCACCCUCGUCGAACCCGUUCGGAGCCCCAAAUUCGAAUACCAAUCGAUUCAGUGCCUUAAAUUCCGGAGGAAAUAAGCCACAGGAAAAUCCAUAUAAAAUCACCGCAGACGUCAUCAGAGGUGACCUAUUGGCAGAGCGACCGCCAUGGCCCCUAUCGUGUUACGGCCCUGGGAGGGAUGCCCCGGAGCAAUUGUUUGGUGGCUAUCCACGAGAGCAAAGUCUUGAAGAGGUGAUGGUAUACAUCAAAAGUGCGAGCAAUCAGCAACAAGCAGAAACAGAGGUCAUGGGCCUUAUCCAGCAGGCCGAACAGCAGAACCAAACCGCCCUAGGCAAUCUUGAUGGUGCUAUACAAUUCGUGCUUUCGGCGGAGAACAAGCAUCCAAACCGUGUAGACAUCUGCAACCAGAACAACAACGCAAGCGGUGUCUUCGCUAGAGAGGCCGUUGCUGGUCCUCAAUCGGGCUUCUCAAACCCACUUGCUUCAGAUCCAUUUUCAUCAGCUCCUAAGCAGAACCCAUUUGGCGGUGGUACACCUGCAUUUGGUCAACCGUCGGCGAUGGGACAGAAACCUAAUCCUUUCGGUGCUGCAUCAACAACAUCAACUCCGGCCUUUGGCCAACCAUCCGCCAUGGGAGCAUCGAAGCCUGCGUUCGGGCAGCCUUCACAGAUGGGCGGAGCUGCUCCCGCGUUCGGACAACCGUCGACUCUAGGUCAGAAACCUAACCCCUUUGCUAGUGCUCCCUCUGGUCCAAGUGGCUUCGGCCAGGCUCAGACUACUCAGAGCGCAUUCGGACAACCAUCAGCUUUGGGACAGAAGCCGAACCCCUUUCUGGCCUCUGCGCCGUCAUCAUCAUCUGCUCCUAACCCUUUCUCUCAGCCGGCAAUGACUUCGGGACCUAGCCCAUUCAGCCAGCCAGCAAUCGCCAACCCAUUCGCCCAAGUCACGAGCCCUCAGCCGAACGACCAGCCGAUGGAUACGUCUGCUCCUACACCAGUUGCUAAUAAUCCUUUCGCAAAGCCGUCUGCUCCUCCCUUCGGUGUCCCAGCUAAGAAUCCGUUUAAUACCCAACAGUCAACAGGAUUUGGAGCCGUGGCGGGAAAUCCUUUCGCUCAAGCUCAAACGCAAGCACAGGCACAAGUACAGGCGCAAGUACAACCACAAGCACAACCCCAAUCUGCCCCUGCGGCUGCGGGCACAGCCAACCCCUACGGACCAAAUAGUACCAAACAACACCAGCCUCCAGAGAGCUAUAUCAACAAGGCUAUGAACGGGCAGAUCAUGUCAUUCAACGGGCAGCAGGUGAUCUACAAGUGGAAAGUGGGCGAUAAAUACGAAGACGAGAGGCCUCAGGGUCUACCGAUGGAACCACCAGUACCCGGUGUGAGAAAUUCAGACGGUUCCUGGCGCAAGAUCUUCUUCCCCAACGGCCCGCCCCCAUACAACCAAGAUACCGAACCGGACCCUUCGUCGUACAAUGCUACGAUUAAAGCGAUCUACGAAAAGACGAUGAACACAGGCAGGUUCGACGGGGAUAUGCCUGAAGUGCCGCCGAUGAGAGAGGACUGCAUUUGGUCCUUUUGA